UCUCCGCGGGCCGGGCCCCGGCGGUAUCACGUGACCCGGCGGCGCGGCCAAUCAGCGCAGCGCUCCCAGGCAUUCAAAUCAGUCGCGGGCCGGUAUUUGUACACAGACUGGCCAGCCACGGAGGCGCGUUCCGCGUGGUCCGUGCGCCGCCAUGGACGCCGCGGCGCGCUGACGGCGCAUGGAGAGUCGCGCGGGGCCUCCCGGGCCCUACCGGGCCACCAAGCUGGUAGGGACGCGGGACGACGCGGGUAGCCCGGGGCCGCCGCCUUGCCUGCACCGCUCGGGCGGAGAGUGGAAUGAAGUAACUACAUCUUUCCGAGCGGGAAUGCCCCUGAGAAAACACAGGCAACACUUUAAAAAAUAUGGCAACUGCUUCACAGCAGGAGAAGCUGUGGAUUGGCUUUAUGACCUAUUAAGAAAUAAUAGCAAUUUUGGUCCUGAAGUUACAAGGCAACAGACUAUUCAACUAUUAAGAAAAUUUCUUAAAAAUCAUGUAAUUGAAGAUAUCAAAGGCAGAUGGGGAUCAGAAAAUUUUGAUGACAACAAUCAGCUAUUCAGAUUUCCUGCAACUUCUCCCCUUAAAACACUUCCACGAAGGCAUCCAGAGUUGAGAAAAAACAGCAUUGACAGUUUUUCCAAAGAUAAAGAGAAUGUUUUUAAAUUACGAAACUUGUCUCGCAGAACUCCCAAGAAACAUGGAUUACAUUUCUCUCAGGAAACUACAGAGAAAGCAAAUCAUGAAAUCAGAGAAGAUCAAGAAAACUCAGGAGAUUAUAGAGAAAUAAGCCAGGAGGAUGUUGAAGAAGUUUGGAGAUACGUUACUCUGAUCUACCUGCAAACCAUUUUAUGUGUGCCAUCCCUGGAAGAACUCAUAAAUCCAAACCAAGUAAUUCCUCAGUAUAUAAUGUACAACAUGGCCAACACCAGUAAGCGGGGAGUAGUUAUACUACAAGACAAAUCAGAUGACCUUCCUCACUGGGUAUUAUCUGCCAUGAAGUGCCUAGCAAAUUGGCCAAGAAGUAAUGAUACGAGUAAUCCAACUUAUGUUGGAUUUGAGCGAGAUGUAUUCAGAACAAUUGCUGAUUAUUUUCUCAAUCUCCCUGAGCCUCUGCUUACAUAUGAAUAUUAUGAAUUAUUUGUGAACAUUUUGGUUGUGUGUGGCUACAUCACAGUUUCAGAUAGACCCAGUGGGAUACAUAAAAUCCAAGAUGAUCCACAGUCUUCAAAAAUCCUUCACUUAACCACUUUGAAUUCCUUCAAAUCCACUGAGUGUCUUCUUCUCAGUCUGCUUCACAGAGACAAAAACAAAGAGGAAUCAGAUGCUCCUGAGAGACUACAGAUAAGUGAUCAAGGAUGUCAAGAAGGAUGUGCUAAGAAAAUGCAGCUAGUUAAUGUAAGAAGCAGAAGAGUCAGAGCUCAUGAUGUCAUGGGAGGAAGCUGUCACAAUCUGAUAGGCUUGAGUAGUUUGCAUGUUCUGUCCUCUAACAUCAAACCGAGGUGCUCUUCUUUGGAAGGAAUUGUGGAUAUGCCAGGCUAUUCCCGUCGAAAGGUUCCCAGUGCCUUCCAUCAAUCUGUUCUCAGUGCAGAACAACAAAAUAGUGAACACUUUCUAGGGUCAAAGCCCAGACAGGAGUCCCUAUUGAGUCUCCAUUCAGAGGAACGGACUCACAAGCCACUCUGCAGUGGUGGCUCUAAGAGAACUUCUGCUCUGACUGUUGAAGACCAAGAGGAGUCUUGUCCUGGGGACUGCAAGCCCAAACAGCUUUGCAGAUCUCAGAGUCUGCUUUUAAGGAGUAGCUCAAGACGGAAUAGCUGUGUCAAUACACCAGUGGCCGAAGUCAUCAUGAAACCAAACCUUGGACAAGGCAGCACAAGUGUGCAGAGAGCUGUAGAAGGCGCACUCGGGGAAGAUAGUAUCACCAUCAAUAAAAGACUGUGCAAAAGUACUGUAGAGCUUUCAGCAAACUCUUUACCUCGAGCUUCCGCUGUGUUCACUGGCACACAAAGUUUGCUGCAGCCCCAUCUGGAGAGAGUUGCCGUCGGUGCGCUGCAGCUGUGCUGUCUGUUGCUUCCCCCACCGAACCGAAGGAAGCUUCAGCUCCUAAUGCGCAUGGUUUCACGAAUGAGUGAGAACGCUGACCUGCCCGCACUUCACGAUGCACUGGGGACAAGGGCGCUGAUGAUCCACACUUUUUCUCGCUGUGUGCUGUGCUGUGCUGAAGAAGUGGACCUGGAUGAGCUGCUUGCUGCAAGAUUGGUUUCCUUCCUAAUGGACCAUCAGCAGGAAAUUCUCCAAGUGCCGUCUUACUUACAGGCUGCGGUGGACAAACAACUCGACUACUUAAAAAAGGGCCACAUGAAAAGCCCUGGAGACGGCCUCAUUGCUCCUUUGCCAGCCUUCUCCUACUGUAAGCAGAUCAGUGCUCAGGAGUUUGACGAACAGAAGAUUUCUACCUCUCAAGCCGCCAUUGCAGAACUUCUAGAGAAUAUCAUUAAAAACAAGAGUUUACCUCUAAAGGAGAAAAGAAGAAAACUAAAGCAGUUUCAGAAGGAAUAUCCCUUGAUAUAUCAGAAGAGAUUCCCAACCACAGAGAGUGAAGCAGCACUUUUUGGUGACAAACCUACCAUCAAGCAACCCAUGCUCAUUUUAAGAAAACCAAAGUUUCGUAGUCUAAGAUACUAAUUUAAUUAAAAAUUAUCUAAUACCUGUGGAACUUUGAUACAUGAAGCCAUAUCUCAGAAUCUAGCUCUGAAAAGGAAGUCCGGUAUUAAUAAGUUCCCUAAAUAAGCAUACUAUAUGAAGAGGUGGCAAAAUAGUUGUUUUAUCGUCGUGGAACUGCUACGAAGCUCCAGUGUCUCAACUGAGAGGAUGUAACAGUAGGUGAUGCCAGAUAUUUUAAUAUACCAGAUAUUUUAACCCACAACUAUCUGGAAAAACUAUCAUGAUUGUACUAAAAUUUUAUUCACUUGAAUAUUGAAAACCAAGCUGUGAUCAUUAAGAAUAAUCGAUCAUUCUGUUUUUAAGGAAAAUGUAUCUGCUUGUGUGCUUAUGGCUAUUAGCUGAAGAACUAGUUGUUUAGGGUUACUGUGCUUCUGAGUGUAAGACUGAAGAAUAUUUGGAAGCUCAUUGAAGUUUCAACUGCUAAAUGUUGCACGCUUUUGUAUAUUCUUUUCCACCUUUCGAUCUAUUUAUGUACAUGUAUGUUUUAAAUGUUUAUGUAAGAUUUUUGUUUUGCCUUAAACAUUAUCCCAACUGCUUUAUUCUUUUUUUGCCCUCUAAGUAUCUUUUGAAAUGUUAUGUUCAUAACCUGCUAGAGUGAUGGAGAUAUAAAAGAAGUAUAUAGGGCAACCAUGUUCAUUCAGAAAUUUGGCAGCUGUUAUGUGCCUGAAUAAAAUAAUAUCCCCGAAGGUAUUUGUUUUUUAAUCGAAGGGGCUGCAUCCAUCUGGUGCUUAACAUAACAGUUAUUCACCAAAAUCCAGGUGUGGGGAGUCCCUCAGAAGAAGACUGACUUCAGUGGCUGUGAAACAGUUCUAGAAGCCCAGGGCCAGCCUAUCCCAAUCAGUGCUGUAUUUUAGGGGUGUUAUAUAGGCACUGGUGCUUUCUUUAUCCAUGGAGGUGAUUCAGGUAUUUAGUUCGCUUUGAGAUCAGUGCCCCGAAUGCUGCUUACAACAUUUAAGAAAUUACCAAGCUGACGGCACAUGGACUUUUACUUUUCAUUGAAAGAAAAGCCAAGUACAGAUGUCUCUUAGCACAAAGUUCCCUGGAUUCCUGCGUGACAGACUUGGUACACAUGUGAAAUAACUUUGUCUUCCUUUUCUGUAUGUAAAGUAUAAAGAAAUACCCAUGUAAGACUCUGCUUAGUGACUAUCUUGAUUCUCAAUGUAAUUGUAUUUACUGUUGACAUCUAGAAUGACAGUGUUCCAUUUAAUAUUACUUGUAUUAAAAAGUUGGAUAGAGAACAA